GGGAAGGUGGCCUCGGAGCGGCAGAGGCUGCGGGACGCCUUUGAGCAGCUGCAGAAGUUCCUGCGGGAGCAGGAGGGCAUCCUGCUGGCCCAGCUUGACGGGGCACACGGGCAGCUCACCAAGGAGCGCCGCAAAUAUGUCUCCAGUGUUUCAGAGAGGAAAUCACUGCUGGACACUCUGAUUGCGGAGAUAGAGAAGAAGCGUGACCAGCCGAUGGUUGAAUUCCUUAUGGAUGUUGGCAAAACCCUGAGCAGCUGUGAGGCGGCAAAGGCCCCGAUCCCGGAGCCGGUUUCCCCGGAGCUGCAGAGGACUGUUAGGAGUCUCUCUGAGAUGAGCCAGCUGGUCGUGGGUGCAGUGGCCAAAAUCAAAGUGAACCUGCUGAGCGAGAUCGACAGAGAAAGGGUGAAGGUGAUGCUGGACCCAGAGACAGCAAGCCCAUACCUGAUCCUCUCAAAGGACCGUAAAACUGUGCGGCUGGGAGAUGGACAGCAAAACCUCCCCGACACCCCCAAGAGAUUCAUGGGCAGCCCCAGCGUCCUGGGCUCCCAGGGGUUCACGGCUGGGAGGCAUUACUGGGAGCUGGAGGUAGGGGACGGGGACAGCUGGGCCGUGGGGGUGGCCGCGGAGUCCGUGCGGAGGAAGGACUCGCUGAGCAUGGCCAUGGGGAAGAUCUGGGCCCUGCGCCUGGACUGGGAUCGCCAGUACACAGCGCUCCACAUUCCCCCCGCCCUGCUGACACUGAAGGAACAGCCCCGGCGAAUCAGGGUCCACUUGGACUACGAAGCAGGCCAAGUGACCUUCUACAAUGCGGAGAACAUGAUGCAGAUCUUGCAGUUUAAGGCCUCCUUCACCGAGAAGAUCUUCCCAUACUUUUGGCUCUGGUCACAAGAAACCUACAUCCAGCUGUGUGCCUGA